GGGGGGCAGGAUCAGGCCCUUCUGGCGGCUGUCAGAGGCGCGAUCCCUCGCGAUCAGGCGGGGUUGCGCGCGUUUCCCUGGCAGCCAAAGGCAACCAAGGGCCAAACCCCUGUUGCACUAGAGGAGGCCCAUAGGAUCUGGUGCUAUGUGUUCUGGUAUGCUCAUAAGAAUGGCCAUAGGCGAGUGAGAAGCUGUAACCCCGAACAGCAUCCGAGUCCCCAGACCUGUGACACAGCUUUGGGUGAUACAAGCGUGAUCACGAUCCCGACUCGUCGGUUGCCUGCCGAGGUGGAUGGCCCUUUCUGUCGCGGCGUGCCUCGGUCGGAUCCAUGAAGACCUCAGCGGGGUCGGGAAGCGAGACUCCCCAGCCGCCGCGGAAGGGAAGAGGCUCCCGGACCAAGGCCAAAGCCUCCUACGUGGAUGAGUCGCUCUUCGGCAGCCCGGCUGGGCACCGGACCGUCGGAACCGAGUUCGAUCCACCGUGGGUGGAUAAUAAAGCCAGGGCUCCAAAACCCUUGCUUUGGAGCCCAGAGAGCAACUCUUCAAAAACCUCUUCACUGGCUACCACUCCACGAAAGAGAAACAAAUACAGACUGAAAAACCACACCCCGUCCUAUUGUGAUGAGACCCUCUUUGGACCCAAACCAGGGGGACAAGAAUGGGCAGCUUCCUGGACGGCCAGGUGUGAGGUGGCCAAGCUCCGCCCUUUGCUUUGGACUCCGCCUUCUGCCCCCAGAGACCCUCCGGUCCUUUCCUCUCACCCAAAGGAGGCGCCGCUGAGAGCCGUUCAUCGGGAUACGCCUCGCUCACAGGGACAGGAAGGAUCCGGAGCGCGGUACGGAGAACAUGCUUUUCGGAAACAACCCAAGAGCUGCUCUGACGGAGUCAACCAGGACGUCUCAAGGAGGCUGCGGUCUCAGUCCCUUACCAGGCUAGAUGGUGCCUCGGAUCGGCUUCCGUCAUCUGCUGGGAAGCCGAGAACAAGCAAGCCCAAGGAACAGCUUUUUCCAGCAUCCUCCAGGGGGUCUCCAUCUGAACACUCUACCAAGGGUUUGUCUGGGUCAUUGUCAGCCAGGAUGACGAGAGCAGCAAACGCUGGUAAAUCGAGGCCUCCCUGGAAAUAAACUAUACAAAAGUAAGGUGCUAAUGAAAUGUCAGCAAAGGGUCCAAUGUUGUCUGGGGAAGCUGUGGGUGUUUUUGAUUCCAUCUCUGCCUGAAUUCUCUUUGCCUGCUGAAUGGUUUAGGCAUAUCUGGCUGCAGAGGGUGGGAUUCCUAUUUCCCACUGGGUCUCCUUGGACUCGAUGAUCUUCUAGUUCUGAAGU